AUGAACCUUCUCAAAGCAAGACAAGAAGGCGUUCUAAAGCAGAAAGAGGAAGAAGCUGUGAACCUAUUCUCGCGUGUGGGCGAUUUUCGUGAGUUUAUUACGACGUCUCAGCCGGCUGCUGCUGUGACUGUCACGCUCACGUGUUGCUGCCUGUCAUCGGAGCGUGUUAACGGUGGGCGUGGCACGCGAGUAACCUGUGUGGACGCCAGGCAACACGGUGUUUUUGAGCCAACUUCGAGCGCCCUAGACGAUUUAAUGACUCUGGCGAGAAAGCCCUAUAUUGUCCAAGUAACGGUGUAUGGCGUCAGAUUCUACGCCGACAUCGCCAAGGGAAGCGUGUGGUUUAAAUGCGACGACAACGACAAAAUAUUUGAGGAACAUCCACCCAUGAAAACGCAUAAGCUGACCCGAGAAGUCCUGAAGAAAGGAGGCAAAAACAAGCUGAGUGUGGGGCGUUCAAGUGCGAAGAGUGCUGCUGCUGAGCCGGUUUCGGAAAACGACAUUGAUAUGGAGGGCAAGGAGGGCGAGGGUAAUGCUGCCGUCACGACUCGCAGCAAGAGUAGUGACCAGCUGUGA